AUGGCAGUGCCACGAGCUGUGCCUUCGCCGGUGAGUGCGUCUCCGGUGAGUCCGACGAGUCCGGCUUCGUCGAACGGUCAAAUCCCACUGGGACAGCCUCCGAAGCUCAAGGGGCGUCGUAAAUUGUUACAAAGCCUCCAGCGCAUGUCGUCAAGUCCGAGUUUGAUCAGACGCGGUCGAUCCCAUUCAGCCGGUUACCGUCGCGAUGGCAAAGCCUCGUUAUCCUGCGUUUCCCUUUCUCAAUCCGCCUACAAUCCGUGUUUGGGGAACGGCAGUUCGUCUCAGGUGUAUGGUGGGUUGAAUGUUCACCCGGUGACUCCAGGAGUUCCGGGUGAGGAGCAAGACGGAGGUCCGCGGAUUCGCGUCGUCGGUACUGAUUCCCCCAACGCCUCCCAAUUGAGGACAGUGCCUCUUCCGACUGAAUUGAGACCGGUAUCUCGUGGGUCGCCAUGCAAUGAGAUGGUCGAAGACAUCGUUGAAGAGAGCGAAUCAGUUGUGCAGCCGGUACCUACCACGCCAUCGACCUCAUCAAAGAAGACCUUCGAUUUCUGGGGCGAUAUGCCCAACGAGAUCAAGAUGCGCAUCUUCCAGCACUUGACCCCUAAGGAAAUAGUCCGCUGCUCAUCCGUUUCGAAGAUAUGGCAUGACAUGUGCUAUGAUGGACAAUUGUGGGUUAAUGUUGAUACGACCGACUACUACCAUACCAUUUCGAGUGAUAGUCUCGUGAGACUCAUCAUGGCGGCUGGUCCGUUCAUUCGCAACCUCAAUCUCAGGGGUUGUGUGCAAUUGCGAGACAAAUGGUUGACGGACGGUGAUCGCAUGUCGGAAACGUGCCGAAAUCUGGUCAACCUUUGCCUUGAAGGGAGUCGCAUUGACAAGCAUACCGUCAAUCACUUUCUUCAGCGAAACCCUCGUCUGGAGUACUUGAAUGUCACUGGACUUCCAAGUGUGACGGAUUCUUCUAUGAAGACUAUUGCCAAUUGCUGCCCUCAGCUCCAAAUUUUGAAUGUUUCAUGGUGCAUCAAUAUCAGUACGAAGGGCUUGAAGAAGGUUGUCACAUCGUGUCCCCAGUUGAAGGAUCUUCGGGCUAGCGAAAUAAGUGGAUUUGAAGACGAAGAAUUCGCCUUGGGAUUGUUCGAGAAGAACACACUCGAACGCUUAGUUAUGAGCCGCACAAACCUCACGGAUGAGAGCCUGAAGAUCCUUAUGCAGGGUGUCGAUCCGGAAAUUGAUGUCCUUACCGACCAGCCCAUAGUUCCGCCUCGACGGUUCAAACACUUGGACCUCCACCAAUGCCCCAACGUAACGGAUGAUGGCAUUGGCAGCAUGGCGCACAAUGUGCCUGACCUCGAAGGCCUUCAGCUCUCCCAAUGCCCCGAGUUGAGUGACGAUUCCAUCAUUGACCUCAUCCGCACCACGCCCAAGCUGUCGCAUCUCGAGCUUGAGGAUUUGGAACACCUGACGAACGAUACCCUCAUUGCACUUGCCAGAUCACCAUGUGCCCCCUGCCUAGAACACCUCAACAUCAGCUUCUGUGAUUCUCUAGGCGACAUCGGGAUGCUCCAGGUGAUGAAGAGCUGCUUAGGGCUCCGUUCAGUUGAAAUGGACAACACCCGCGUCUCCGACCUUACCUUAAUGGAAGCCAGCUAUCGUGUCCGCAGAAGGGGUUACGACAGGAACCUGCCUCAGGUGGGCCUGCACAUGGUCGUCUUCGACUGCGCCAAUGUCACCUGGGCCGGCGUCAAGGAAGUUCUUUCUAGCAACGCAUAUAUCCCACGAGCCUACAAGAAUCAGCAAACAAUCGUUACUGUGUCGCAAACCCAGGACUCCGAACAGCCAGCAUCGUCAACUAGCCCUUCAACAUCCGCUCUCCCCCCCCCACCACCAGUAUACCCCAACGAAAUCAUCCAGCUCAAAUGCUUCUACGGCUGGCAGAUGACGGUCGAUGAACAUAAGAAGCGGGUCUUGCGCGGUGACCUCGCUGCAGCGAGCAGACUCGAUCGCAAAUGGGCGGAUUAUAUGAUGGCCACUGAAGAGGCCGGUGCGACCGGCAUGGGGGUAUGGAGGAGAAGACGUCGCGCGCGCGAGGCUGAGCGGCUCUUUAACACGAAUGAAGAUGAGGAUGUGUAUGGUAUUGGGGGUAUCUCUGCGUUUGGUGGAAGACGUCGGAGAGCGCAGAGUGGUGGAGCUUGCGCUGUGAUGUGA